AUGGCAGCACAAAGUCCGUGGCUUCUGCGUUUCCCCCCUGAAAUGAUUUCAUCCAUCGUGUCCUUUCUGCCAAACAAAGAUGUCAAGUCCUUGCGCUUGACGUGCAAAGCCCUCGGCGAGAUUUCACCAUUCUCCUCCUCACGCGUGUUUCUUUCGGCCAACUCGUUGAACAUCCAAGUUUUUCGGGCUGUAGCAGACCAUCCAAAGUUUCGCCACGAAAUCAGGGAGAUCAUCUGGGACGACGCACGGUUUGUAUUCGCGCCGUUGAUAUGGGAGACCGUGCACCCAAGCAUCAACCCCGACCGCAUGGAAAUCAACUCCAAUGAGGAAUGUCCCAUCUGGUUCACGGAGGAAUGCGAAGAGAACCGCUACAGGAUGAAGCAUCGGAAAUACCGCGACGUGGACCGACCUGACCACGUUGCACGUCAGAACCAGAUGGAUGCCCAAAUGCCGUUGAAAGCCUGCUGGAAGUAUUAUCGCCAACUAUGGGAUGAUCAGACCUCUACGAUCGGAUCCGAAGACGAUAAAAAAGCCUUUCUUUACGGCCUGGAGCGAUUCCCACGGCUCAAAAGAGUGACCAUUACGCCUGCGGCUCACGGCUGGCUGUUUGCUCCGCUGUACGAGACACCCAUGAUCCGAGCAUUUCCAUACGGAUUCAACUAUCCGAUUCCGCGAGGAUGGCACUGUGAUCCCGUUGAUUGUCGGGUUGUCGAGCCGCUACCGUGGUCAGAGGCAACUGAGGACUACAAGGAGCUAUGGAGAGGGGCUCGAAUUGUUCUUCGCCUUUUAUCACAGGCUGAGAAGCAUAAUGUUUCCGAGCUGAGCUUCGACACCAACCAACUCCACACCGGACUAAACGUUUUGAUUUUCGACCGGCCCUGUGAGGAAUACGAUCAAUUUGCGGCCAUCAUGAAACGUCCAGGCUUCCGGCGUCUUCAUCUGUCAUUACUUACUGGCAGUAGUGGUGACUGGGCAGGAUUCCAAAGCGGGUUAUUCCGUCAAGCUGUGAGCCUGGCCAAGGAAUUGACCCAUGUCCAUUUAUCAACUACGUUCAAUGAUGGAUCUCAUUCUUCAAUGAGGGAUCCACCUAUUUCCCUGAAGGAGGUUCUGCCUAUCAAGGAGUGGCCGAAUCUGUCUCACUUGGCGCUCUCUCGUUUCAGCGUUGAUACGUCGGAGUUGAUAGACAUACUCAAAUUGGCACCAUCCUCAUUACGAUCUCUUGACUUGGAAUUUAUCGAGUUCCCCUUUGAUGAAUUGUGUUUGACUGGUCUACUAGAGAGGAUGCGAGAGGAACUGGAUUGGACCGAGAGAGAUCAACCGCUGAAACCGACCGUCACGAUCGCGAUGGAAGGCUCUCGCAUAUGGCCGGGGAGGUUCAUCAAGCUUUCAGACGAGGUGGCAAGCUUUCUCUAUGGCUCUGGAGAAAAUCCCUUGGAUGGAACAGAUACACGCAGCCCCAAAGACGGAUACGGGACGAAUCAUGACCUUUUUGAGGCGGAGUACACUCGGCCCAACGUAAAUUUCCAGGAUCUUAAGAAACUGGGAAUUAUUUGUUAG